AUGUUUAGCAAAAUAUUUAUUUUAUUAUUAUCCCUUUCUUCAUUAACAUUUAUCAAAUGUGAUCCAGUUGUUAAUUCAAUCCAAUAUAAUUGGUCAGAUGAAAGAGGUGACCUUUUCAUUCUAGAGGGAAGUGGUCUUCAAACAGACACUAACUAUCGAGUAUAUGGCAAUGGAAGGUACCUGAUGAACCUAUAUGUGGAAUACGAAGUAUCCAAUGACACUUCUAUUCAACUUUUCUCUUGGGAUAAUCCUAAUCAGAAUAUGAUCGAAGGUAGUCUGUUUAUGACCUAUUAUCAAGAUGAUCAAUUUUUCAAGGUAUACCUUGCUCCUUGGAACCCCAUCGCAGUCAACGCAAUAUCACCAGUUCCUACUCAGGGUGGAGUCAUCACAGUGACAGGUGGAUUCCUCUCAUGUGUUGAUCGUCCCAAUAUCCUCGUCAUUGGACACCUUGUCCUUGAGAGUCAGUCCUGCUCAUUCCUCAACAAUACCUUUGUCGUGCCACCCAAUGGUCUCAGUGGUUCAUUGACCGCUGGUAUCACCGGCUUCACAUCAACCACCCAACUUAGAACCACCAGUAUCACCUACACAUUUGCCAACCCUAAUGUAGACAAAGUUGUACUCAAUGAUGCAUCGAUCAUUGUGAACGGAGGUAGUUUUGGAACAAACUUUGCAACGAUCAAUGUGUCUGUUGAUGGUAUCCCAUUACAUGUAUCUGCCCUCACCAAUCACCAUAACAUAUCAUUGAGCUUUGAGUCAACUAUUGCUCAGCCAUAUCCAUUCAACUCAUCAUACUUCAAUGUUCCAGGUAUCAAGACCUUUUAUGUUGAAGUUGACGAACUCAACACAACCUACCAACAUGUCAUUCGUCCAAAGGUGACAGGUGUAACAAGUGUAGCCAGUGACAUUGGAGGAGAUGUUACCUUGAAGGGAUCAAACUUUGCCAAGUUUGGCUGGUCAUUGAGUGCCACCGAAAUCUUUGUUGAGAUGGGACCUUUUGAUUGUCUCGUUGACUUCAUUGCCAACUCCCAGCUUCCAUCUGACACAUUGAUUUGUGUGAUGCCCAACAUCUCUUCCAACCAUGCCCUCCUUACCAGUUUCCUUCCAGUCCAUGUAACAAUCAACAAUGUGUCAUCCAUUGACAAUGUUGACUUCCAAUACGAUCGACUCUCUCAGAGACCUGUCCAACUGGGUGAUACUAUCAUGCUGGUUGGUGAGAGACUUGGUGUUGUGGGUAUACCAGCUCAGACCACGGUGAUGUUCAACAAUCAACCAUUGAACCCAACAUUCAUCACUCAGAGGACUGAUGGUCAACAGGAGUUGUUGGUUGAUAUUCCUCCAACGACUCCACGUGGAGUUGUCUUGGAUGUAUACGUGGUCACCAAUGAGGGUCGCCACACUGCCCAUGAGUCCAUCACAAUCCAG